GGUUAGCUUGUUAUAUACUUUGAUGUCCUCGCAGCAGACGUCAUUCCAGUCCUGGUGUCAUUGCCUGGUUCAUGUUAAGUUAUUAACAAAAGUUUUUUAGUUAGUAUAAGUGCAUUAACAUCAGUUUACUCACGUUCUUUAAAAAUCUAGGUGGAAGAUGUGGUCCACAACACAGAAGAAGAAUGCAAAAUCUCAACCACAGCAACAACAGCAGCAACAAAAUCCCAUAACACUGGGUAUGACCUCAGCAAUUUCCAUUGCUUUACCAAAACCACAGGAUAUAGCGAAAUCUCUUGAACUAGAAGAAGCACUUAAACCCUAUGAUGUUUUUGAAACUGAACAGGAGCUAGGUCACCGUAUGAUGAUACUCAGUAAACUGUUUGAAUUAGUAAAACAAUGGAUUAAAGAAGUGUCUAUUGCUAGGAAUAUGCCCGAAAAUGUGGCUGAGAAUGUGGGUGGUAAAAUUUAUACAUUUGGCAGUUAUCGUUUAGGGGUGCAUCAUAAAGGUGCUGAUAUUGAUGCUUUGUGUGUAGCACCAAGACAUAUUUACAGAGAAGAUUAUUUUAGUACAUUCUUUGAAUUAUUGAAACAACAACCAGAAGUGACGGAAUUGAGGGCUGUAGAAGAAGCGUUUGUACCAGUUAUAAAAAUGAACUUUGAUGGAAUAGAGAUUGACAUGCUUUUUGCACGUCUUCUUAUCAAAGAAAUUUCAGAUACCAUGGAUCUGCAAGAUGAUGUGCUGCUUAAAAACUUAGACCAGAAAUGUGUCAGAAGUUUGAAUGGCUGUCGUGUUACAGAUGAGAUUCUCAGGCUUGUUCCAAAUAUUGAUAACUUUCGGUUGGCUUUGAGAGCAAUCAAAUUGUGGGCUAAAAAGCAUGGCAUAUACAGCAAUGUUUUGGGAUAUUUGGGAGGAGUUUCAUGGGCAAUGUUGGUGGCGCGUACUUGUCAGCUAUAUCCAAAUGCAGCACCUGCUAUUCUUGUGCAUAAGUUUUUCUUAGUGUUUUCACGUUGGAAGUGGCCACAACCUGUUUUGCUAAAACAGCCGUCAAGCAUAAGUCUCGGCUUUCCAGUUUGGGAUCCCAGGGUAAAUAUUCAGGAUAGGUAUCAUCUCAUGCCUAUCAUUACUCCAGCAUAUCCUCAACAAAACUCAACAUUCAAUGUAUCAGUUUCAACGCGAUCCAUUAUGGUUGAGGAAUUUAAGUCUGGUCUUCAGAUUACUGAAGAUAUUAUGUUAGGUGCUCAUGGGUGGGAUCGUCUGUUUGAACCUCCACCAUUCUUCAUGAAAUAUAGGCACUUUAUAGUUUUAUUAGUGAGCGCUCCAACACCAGAUGACCACUUGGAAUGGUCAGGUUUAGUGGAGAGCAAAAUAAGAUUGCUUAUUGGUACUUUAGAGAGGAAUCCGCACAUAAUGUUGGUGCACAUAAAUCCAGAGAGUUUCAGCCAUCUAGAAUCUCAGAGCGAUUCAAAUAACACAUGCAGUCUCUGGUUCAUUGGACUGGAUUUUGCAAAGACAGAAAAUCUCAAUGUCGAUCUAACUUUUGAUAUCCAGCAAUUUACGGAGAACGUGAAUCGCCAUGCAAUUAACAUAAAGAUGUUGAAGGAGGGGAUGAAACUCGAAGCCAGGCAUGUGAAGAGGAAACAAUUAUCACAAUACUUAUCACCUAGUAUUCUGAAGCGCGAGAGGAAGACGAGCAGCAAUGCCAGUGUCAAAAAUGGAAGCGAAUCUAGGAAGCGGACGUCUGAUGGUGGGUCUGCGGAAGGUCCUGUUCCAAAGAAGACUAGGAUUACUGAGGAGGUACAAACACAAUCGUUUGAAGAUACAUCUAAUGCAUCUCUAAAUGAUGACUCCAAUAGUAAUUUAAGUCUCACUGACGAGCACUCAUCAUCGACCAAUAUGCCUCAAUCUGCUGACAGCACAACACAGGCUGUUUGUACAUGAUGAUGCCGCCCACCGUCGCAUCCAGCCAUGCUUAGAGCGACAUCCACAUCAAAACUAACACCAAAUGUAAGACAUUGGUCCCGACAGCAACAGCCCGACUUCCUUGACUCUCAUGUAUGUAUACCCAUUACAGCAAGUGAACGCAAAUCAAUGAAAUGCAAGAUCACGAGUGCAUUUUUCCUUGUUUUGUCAUUAAAAAAAAACACAACAAAAACAUUAACAAAACAAACAAACUAUAUUUUUAAAGAAACUUCGAAAAGGAAACACGCUGUAUAUAUAUGAAAUUUGUUGUACGUUUUAAUUUUGUUCACGAGUCGGGUCUUUUUGGCGCUGAAAAGUCGAAACAACGGUUAUUUAUCCAUAUUUGGAUUAAACUAAUGAAUCAUAAGGAACCUAUUCUUUCGUUCUGUAUAAAUGUGUAUUUGUAUAUCUAAGAAGGAAAAUAUUAUCCGUAGAUUUUCAUAUAAUUCUUUUUUGUGUGAUUAUGUGCGAUAAUAUUUUACUCUUGCUAUUUCGAACUCCAUAUUACUUUUUUUUACUUAUUACUCGAGUUACAAUUCCAUACUUGCUUCGUUUUUAUUACUUUUAUUUUUCGCUGACACAAUUGAUU